CUCCACCACACCCGCCUGCGCCUCUCCACCUCACAGCACGUCUGGCCGCGCCGGCACGUCUAGCUGCCCGCCAUGUCGGUUCUCGGCUCGCGCUCUCUCUCCUUCGGCGGCGCCACGCAGGGCCCGUCCAAGGCGCCCAGCUUCUCCUUUGGCGCCUCGGCCUCUUCGUCGGCCGCACCGGCUGCCUCUGCGGCGCCUGCUGCUGCUCCUGCCGCUGGCGGCUUCUCGUUCGGCGCACCUGCUGCUCAGCAACAGCAGCCGCAGCAGCCCGCUGCCGGCGGCUUCUCGUUCGGCCAGACGCCAGCGCAGCAGCAGCAGGCUCAGGCCAAGCCAGCCUUCUCGUUUGGCGCUCCCGCAGCACAGCCGCAGCAACAACAGCAGCAGCCGCAGCAGUCGGGCGGCUUCUCUUUCGGUGCCUCGACGCAGCAGGCGCAGCAGCCGCAACAGCAGCAGCAGUCAGGCGGCCUCUUCUCGUUUGGCGCGUCGCAGAGCACUGCACCUGCAUCUGGAAGCUUGUUUGGCGGGGGCGGCUUCGGGGAGCUCCAAGCUGCUGGCUUGAGCAUAUUCAGCAGUUGCGGCCUCGCAGCCUCGAGACUCUCCCAAGCACAGCAGCCACAACAGCAGCAGCAGCAACAAGCUGCACAGGCGCACUCGCCGUUCCUGCAGCAUCCCUUCUAUACCCGCGAGCGCUUCAAUGAUCUGCCCGACGAGGUCAAGAACAUGGUGGAGGAGCUCGACUCGUACAUCCGCCAGCAGCAGCUCACGCGCGAGGCACUGCACGGCACCCUGUCGGCAGCGCCGACCUCUGGCCUUCCGCGCGUACUCGACGAGGCGCACUCACUCGCAACACAAGUCGCUGCGCUGCGAGCGUCGCUUGAGCUCGACGUCUUGGCUGCGAAGGAGGUGGUGAACCGCGUGGAGGAGGACAGGAGAGACAACGCCACUCUGUUUGAGGCGCUGCGCGGCAAUGGCAACAAGGAGUGGCCGCGAAGCUUCUUCGAGAAGAAGGCAGACACCUUCCGGGAUCGGAUCGGCAACUACCGCAGCACGAUGGAGCAAAUCGAGCGGCAUCUCUCUUCGCUCGACUCGAAAGAGUCGCACAGCCCGCAAGCCAUCUCCGAGGUCAUCCAGUCACAACAUCAGUCGUUCAUGGGCCUGGCGUCCAACGUCGCGUCGCUGCACUCCGAGGUCGAGGCGCUCAAGCGCGACUACUCGAAGUGGUAUGCCGCGACGCACCGCUCCGUGCGGGAUCCUUUCGGCAUGGCGGGCAUGGAGAGCACCUUGUGA